AUGUGUGUAUGCUCCGUGUGGAGUCUGGUGUGGGUGGAGCAUGAUGAUAGAGGCUCCGUGUGGAGUCUGGUGUGGGUGGAGCAUGAUGAUAGAGGCUCCGUGUGGAGUCUUGUGUGGGUGGAGCAUGAUGAUAGAGGCUCCGUGUGGAGUCUGGUGUGGGUGGAGCAUGAUGCUACAGGCUCCGUGUGGAGUCUGGUGUGGGUGGAGCAUGAUGGUAGAGGCUCCGUGUGGAGUCUGGUGUGGGUGGAGCAUGAUGGUAGAGGCUCCGUGUGGAGUCUGGUGUGGGUGGAGCAUGAUGGUAGAGGCUCCGUGUGGAGUCUGGUGUGGGUGGAGCAUGAUGGUAGAGGCUCCGUGUGGAGUCUGGUGUGGGUGGAGCAUGAUGAUAGAGGCUCCGUGUGGAGUCUUGUGUGGGUGGAGCAUGAUGAUAGAGGCUCCGUGUGGAGUCUGGUGUGGGUGGAGCAUGAUGCUACAGGCUCCGUGUGGAGUCUGGUGUGGGUGGAGCAUGAUGGUAGAGGCUCCGUGUGGAGUCUGGUGUGGGUGGAGCAUGAUGGUAGAGGCUCCGUGUGGAGUCUGGUGUGGGUGGAGCAUGAUGAUAGAGGCUCCGUGUGGAGUCUGGUGUGGGUGGAGCAUGAUGCUAGAGGCUCCAUGUGGAGUCUGGUGUGGGUGGAGCAUGAUGCUAGAGGCUCCGUGUGGAGUCUGGUGUGGGUGGAGCAUGAUGAUAGAGGCUCCAUGUGGAGUCUGGUGUGGGUGGAGCAUGAUGCUAGAGGCUCCAUGUGGAGUCUGGUGUGGGUGGAGCAUGAUGCUACAGGCUCCGUGUGGAGUCUGGUGUGGGUGGAGCAUGAUGCUACAGGCUCCGUGUGGAGUCUGGUGUGGGUGGAGCAUGAUGCUACAGGCUCCGUGUGGAGUCUGGUGUGGGUGGAGCAUGAUGCUACAGGCUCCGUGUGGAGUCUGGUGUGGGUGGAGCGUGAUGCUACAGACUCCGUGUGGAGUCUGGUGUGGGUGGAGCAUGAUGAUAGAGGUACAUUAUAG